UUCAAAGGAGAGAAAUUUGUUACACCAGAAAAGAAUGGAAGAAAGACAUUAGUUGCACCGACAGGUUUAUUCAGGAAAAAGGGUGUUAGAAGUCGAUGUUUUGUGUGCUCUGAAUGUGGGAAAUCUUUUACAAGUAACUCUUACCUUCAUUAUCAUCAGAGAGUUCACACAGGAGAAAAGCCUUAUAAAGGCAGUGAAUGUGGAAAGUCUUUUAUAAGGAGCACUUGUCUCCAAUAUCAUCAGAGUGUUCACACUAGAGAAAAGCCUUAUCAAUGCAGUGAAUGUAGAAAAACUUUUACCACUAAAACCAACCUUCGUAGUCAUCAGAGUGUUCACACAGGAGAAAAGGCUUAUCAAUGUAGUGAAUGUGGGAAGAAUUUUACCAAUAACAGCUGCCUUCGUCGUCAUAGGAGCGUUCACACUGGAGAAAAGCCUUAUCAAUGUAAUGAAUGUGGGAAGAAUUUUACCAAUAACAGCCACCUUCGUCGUCAUCGGAGCGUUCACACUGGAGAAAAGCCUUAUCAAUGUAGUGAAUGUGGGAAGAAUUUUACCAAUAACAGCCACCUUCGUCGUCAUUGGACUGUUCACACUGGAGAAAAGCCUUACCAAUGCAGUGAAUGUGGGAAAACUUUUACCACUAUAACUAGACUUAGUAGACAUCAGAGAGUUCAUACUGGAGAAAAGCCUUAUCAAUGCAGUGAAUGUGGGAAAACUUUUACCACUAUAACUAAACUUCGUAGACAUCAGAGAGUUCAUACUGGAGAAAAGCCUUAUCAAUGCAGUGAAUGUGGGAAAACUCUUACCACUAAAACCAUCCUUCUUAGUCAUCAGAGAGUUCACACAGGAGAAAAGGCUUAUCAAUGUAGUGAAUGUGGGAAGAAUUUUACCACUAACGGCAACCUUUGUCGUCAUCGGAGCAUUCACACUGGAGAAAAGCCUUAUAAAUGCAGUGAAUGUGGAAAGUUUUUUACCCAGAGAUAUUCCCUUCGUUGUCAUCAGAGAAUUCAUACAGGAGAAAGGCCUUAUAAAUGCAGUGAAUGUGGGAAAUCUUUUACCCAGAGCACUCCCCUUCGUUGUCAUCAGCGAGUUCACACUGGAGAAAGGCGUUAUGAGUGCAAUUAAUCUGAGGUAUCUCUCAGCCAAAUUUCUAAAUUUGUUCCCUGCAUAAGAGUACAAAUGUGAGAAAUUUGUUAGAUGUGUAGGAAAUGUAGUUUCUUAGUUCGGACUUAACAAUAGUACAAGAAAAUUUGUAAAUCCUCAGUUUUCUGAAUUGUAUCUCAUACAUUUAAUCACCUAUAUUAUGCAGAGUUCCGAUAAGUGUUUUUGCUGUUGUGUGUGUGUGUUUUUAUGUUGAAACACUAUGUAAUUAUGUUACACUUUCUAACAUACAGAGAGAUGUUGCCAGAUCUAUGUCACUGCAUAUUUCUGUUGCUGCAGGUAUUUCACCUGAACCACCUAUAAGGACCCUACAGAUGGCCACAAUCACCAUCCUCAUGUGCCCAGGGAAGCUAACUCUGUUGUCUAAUUUGUUGAAGAAAAUUAGGAAUACCUGAGCCCUUAGUUCUCCCUUGUUUCCCUGUCAUGAGUUGCCACAUAGGACUGAUUACUGUUGGUGCACCAGUUUUUUAACAGCUGUAAUGAGUAAAUUACAUGCGUUAAGUAUAGUGUUUCAUAAAUCUUACACUGACCUGACAAGCUCAGGGAAGGCCUGCGUGGCAGCCUAGCAGACUCAGAGACCUAAAAUAACCACAAAAGAUGGUCUGAAAUUAAACUUUAACUAAAAGCAGUUAUGGUGGGCAAUUAUGUCCUAAGCCAGUAUCUUCACUGACAAGAUCAACUUUGAUCCUUACUGAGCCCAUUUGCCUUUUUGCCUCUAAGAUAACAUUCCCUUGAAAUGUCUGGGUAACUUGUAACUUCCCUUAUUCUGGAGCCCCUGGAGCACAACCAAAUGCUCUGGGCGCCAGGACAGAUACUACAAAUUCCUUCAUUACCAUGUUAAUUGAUCCUGCACCCACCUAAGUAUGUGUCCAUCAUUUUACUUUUUAUCCUAUCUCAGAGGUUUCCCCGCUUCACUUAAU